AUGCCAUUGACUAUUUGGGCUCUAAAAAUACGGGGGCUUUCGAUAUGCUUCACUAUUGGGAAUUGGAUAUGGUCUUGUAUAUCUUCGCUACCGCGUCUGAUCAAUCGGUCUCCUGUUAGAGAUGUCGAAACGGCCUCAUCUCCUUGUUCAAAGUCAGUUGAUGAGUAUUCGAAUGAUAUCGAAACCAAUGAGCGGUAUUCCAACUCGAGGAAUGCCCAAGGCGAAUUUAUCUCAGGAGGCAUUACAGGAAUUGUGGAGCUCCUUGAUGACGGGACUGUGCUCAAGGCACCAUAUCCAGGUCGUGAGAUCGAGAACCACAUCAUAGACAUCGCCAAAGAAGCCGACAUCUAUCGGCGUAUUGGUCCGCAUAACAGGCUUGUUCGGAUGAUAAGUCAUUCCCGGGAAGGUCUAGUGCUUGAAUACAUGAAAAACGGUGACCUCAAGACAUAUCUUCAGGCUCACGACUCAAUAUCGACAAGCCUCAGAUUGAAGUGGGCAUCUCAGAUCGCAGAGGCUGUUGGCAUCUUACAUAGUAACGGGGUUAUCCAUUGCGAUAUCAAACCACGAAAUUUUCUUUUGGAUCCCGCUUUCGAUAUCAAGAUUAUUGACUUCUCUGGUUCUUCGCUGGAUGGUUCAAAGCCGGCCUCUGGUGAAGGAACGCGAUUUUUUCUUCCACGCUAUUGGCAAGAACAUCCUACGGUGGCUACGGAUCUUUUCGCAUUAGGGUCAACUCUUUACGAAAUUUCGACAGGCACAAGCCCGUAUGAGGAGAUCCCUAGUGAUGAGGUUGAAAGACUUUUUCUUCAGAAAGAGUUCCCUGAUAUUUCUGGUUUGUUAUGUGGACAAAUCAUCCAACAAUGCUGGCUAUCUCAAGUUGAUUCAGCCGCGGAGGUGCAAACUGCCAUCCAGUCUAUUAUCUCUCUUGCAUAG